GUCUAUCGAUCGUCUAGAAUUGGCGCCGAGAGUUGAGUUCCACGUACUGAAAGUGCGACGCAAUUUCACACAAAAAGUAUUUUAAACAAUAGUAAGAUCACCGUUUCCAAAAAAUGGGCAAUCGGAUUGCAAGCAACACCGUGGUUGAUGUAGAGUUGCGCGAUAUGUUCGAGGAGGCGAUUUCCACCCACGAUUUAAACAAACUGAAGCACCUGAUCAAAACAGCGCCGGGGAAGUGGUGCCAAAUAAAAACUUACUCAGGACAUACGUUACUCCAAGAAGCCAUGUACCAAAAUAGUAAGGACAUUUUCCAAUACAUGCUACGCUUCCACGAUUUGGAAGAUCUAGAAAUUGUUAGUUUCUUCAAUCAGACGGCUUUAAUGUUCUCUAUGAAGACCUGGUACGAGUACUAUGCGUACGAACUGAUCAAAAAAGGGGCUUCCAUCUAUGGGAUCUACAAAAAUGGGCAUAAUCUUCUCCAUCGGGCCGUUUCUGUUUCAGUUCCCAUGACCAAACUUCUCCUUGAUAGAGGGAUGGCAGUCAAUGCGCAAGACCGAAGUGGAGAAACUCCUCUCCAUAAAGUACUACUCAAAGGUUUACACAGUCAAGACUACGAAUACGUAGCGAUGUUGUUAAGUUAUGGUGCUGAUCCUUUCAUCGAGUGUUCUGAAGGAUACAAUUCGUUUGAACUAGCCGUUGUGACAGGACACUCAUUCCUGGUUCAAGAGAUUUUGUUUGAUUAUUCGUACGAUGAACACGACGAGGUUAAAAUCCAUCUCGACGUUUUGUUACAAUUAGCUAAAGUAAAAUCGCCUUUUUUCCAUCGACUGUUUGAGUACAGGGUCAAAACACUGGUACAACUAUCAGACGAAUACUUGUCAAACCUCUUCAACAAUCUCUUGGUCAUAGAUCUAGAACAUCUCGAGAUUCUUCUAGAUAGGUGUCACCAAACCAUCUGCCAAAGCAUCUCCGCUUGCAACACCCGCCAAAAUUUCAGAGAAAUAGAUUUCAACGAAAACUUGCUAAAAUCGAACGAAAUGUUGACAAAACUCGACUUACUCAUUCACCAUAGCGACAUUUUAAACUUACAUCUUUUAAAUUUUAUUAGUGGUUUGAAAGAUUUCGUUCUACCGGACCUCAUAAUCUCUCGCAAUAGAAACACCGAAUCUACCGGUACCCAAAUCCUGAUCUACUUGAUACAGCAUGGUCUGAAGUGGCACGUCUCGCUCUACCAAACCGUAUACACAAUAUAUGGCUACUGCGACUUGUUUAAAUUUCUCCUACGAAUGGAGCCCGAAGCUACUUGUCAUCAUUACCCGAAAAACGCAAUGGUUGCUCUCAUUCAUGACGUCACUUUUGAUUUCGAGGAUUUUUUGAAGAAACCCGACGACUAUUCGGAGAUAAAUUCGGCAGAGCAGUUUUUGGAUUUUUUUGCGGACUCUAGGUUGAGUUUAGUUUUGUGGAAUUUUGCGGAAAAAUGGAAUUUGUCGGGUGCUACUUUAGCAAGGGUUGAAAAACAUCCGAAGGUGGCGCUUUUGGUUGAUUUGGCGCGAAAUGCUGUUCGGAGACAUUUAAUACGAAGAUUUGGGGUGCGAAAUACGAAGGAGUUUUAUUCGGUGGUGGACGCUCUUCCUACGACUUCGACGCAUAAGAAAAUUAUCAGUUGUGAGUCUAAAUUAUAUUAAGUGAGACUAUGAGUACCGAGUCAUAGUUACUCCCACGGCUUCUUGAACUUCUUUAUAUGGAUAUACUGAGCACUCGGCUAAAUCGCAUUGCGUCAGCACCCCCGAACACUCACUUUUUCGAGUUUGGGUAUAUCCUGGACCCAUAACCUGAACUAUUAAUGAACAUACUACGCAGGAAAUUUAAAUUUUUACCCAAUUAAAAGCGAAUGUAGAUUAAAAAAUUAGUACCAAUUUUUUCUGUUCGUUAUGGAAGAAAUGAUACCUAUAUUAAAACUGAUAUAA